AUGGAGUCAACGAACCUGUCAAAAAGAAUGGAAGGAGAAAGUUGAAGUGUAUUUUUCAGUGUUUUUGAUUGCGAAACAAGGCGGAAACACUGUAUCGGGAUCAUGAACUACUAAUGAAAAAUGAUGUCUCCAUCACAAAAAUCGAAAACUAGCAUAAUCAAAUUUGACCACAAAUUGUGUUAUCAUGUUCAGCUCAUUUGAAACUUUGGACUAUGUCUGUGAUUAUUGCGAUCGCACAUUCACAAGAAAAUACAACUUACAAACGCACAUAGAAAACUGCCAUAUUAACUCGACAUGCGUUUGUGAGAUCUGUGGUACUGUUCUGGGGAGUCCUGCGGGGUUGCAAGUCCACUUAAGCAGGGGACAUAAUAGCAAAGACGAGCCGCACCCUGAAUGCGACAUAUGCGGCCGCACGUAUACUAGAAAACAGAGCAUCAUGUCCCACAUGAUAAGCGCGCAUCUACAAAGCUUAAAACACGAAAUCCGCUGCAAAUUAUGCAACAAAGUGUUCACAUCCUUAAGGAACUUAAGGCGGCACGUCACCCAAUUACAUAACCCUAAAUUGAACUACCCGACUUGCAAUGAUUGCCAUAAAGUUUUCAGAGGGAAGUAUUCUCUGAUAACUCAUAUACAAACCGCUCAUACAGCUGAAAAAGACGCGAUCAAAUGUAACAUUUGCAGCAAAGUGUAUACCAACAAUAGAAACUUGAAGAGGCACAUGGAAACACUGCAUGGAGAGAAAGAGACAUACAGGUGCGAUAUUUGUCCAAAAAGAUACUCUUCUAACCAGAGUUUGCGAAGGCAUUACCGCAACGCGCACAGUUCGGAAGACGCAGAAGAAUUGCAAUGCGAUUUUUGCCAGAAGACUAUAGUUGGCAGAGAUAAUCUCGACCUGCACGUACGAUGUUAUCAUAAAGAAGAGUGUGGAGACUGCGAAGUAGAAAUCGAUGAGUACGACUACGCAUGCGAGAACUGCGGGAGAUGCUUCUCAAACGAACCAUUGCUUCGCCAACAUGUAAAAGCUGAUCAUUCGUUCAAAACAUUUUACAAAUAUUGUAGAGAAUCCCUAAUAAAACAGUUUGGAUUAUCAGAAUGUGAGAGCCCAAAGAAAAGGGAUGUGUUUUACAACUGUGAAUGCUGCAACAACGCUUUCACGAGUGUUUAUGAACUGAAGGAUCACAUGAAGAUAAACCAUGAUAGAGAAUACUGCCUCUCCACAUGCAAUGUAUGCUUUACUAAGUUCUACAGUCAGGAAACGAUGUUAGAACACAAAAAGAUCUGCAUUGCGCCUCCUAACGUGAACUCUUGCAGUCUUUGCGAUAAGUUGUUCACUGAUAAAUCUAGUCUUGAAUUCCACAGCAGGAUCUUCCAUCCACAGGCGCAGAUCGCCGAUUCUAACAUAACUUCGACGAACGCGGACGAAUCUGAAGGUAAUUUCAAAUGUGUGCUCUGCGACAGAGUUUACUACAGCGACCGAUCUCUAAAACACCAUAUUAAGCUAAAACACACUACGGAUGAAGCUGUGAAAUGCGAGCUAUGUGGGAAAAUUUGCAGCAACAAAUAUUAUCUAGCUUCGCAUACAAAAAUAGUUCACACUAACGAAACCUGGUCGAAGUGUGAUUAUUGUGAGAAGCAAUUUAAAUCUAAAAGAAAUAUUCGAAGGCACAUUGAGUACACUCACUUGGGUAUGCAACGAUACAAAUGUAUCGAGUGUGAGACGCUGUUUAAAGAAAAGAGGAGUCUACGAAAGCAUGUUCGUACAAAGCAUCCAAAUUCCACCGUAUUUCCGCAAUGCCACUUCUGCUAUAAGAGGUUUGAAUCGGCAAAAUCCUGUAAGAUCCAUCUGAAGCUUCUACAUUCGUUCAAUAUGAACACGUACCCUUGUGAUCUGUGCUCGGUAUCGUUUAGCUCGAAGGAGUCUUUAGACGUGCACCUACAGACGAAACAUCUGGCAGAGGAUGAGAUUUACAAAUGCGAGGAAUGCAACCUCGUUUUCAAAGGACAGGAGAAGUUUGACCGUCACAAUGAACAGACCCACGUUAAUAUACUACCAAACAUAAAACAGAAAGUCCUGCCGCGAUGCAUUAUUUGCAUGAAAGACUUUAGCACGCGAAAAACGUUGAAGCGACACAUAAAGAAAUUCCAUGACGGGUUUGACGUUGACGAACUGGCGACGUUUGGCUCCCGAAAACGCGUCUUGAACGUUGAAUGCGACGAUUGCUUGAAAACCUUCAAUGAUGAUUAUCAUUUUUCUGUCUAUCAAAGGCUUAAACACAUUCGGGACUCCAUCGUAUUCAAAUGUGAAACUUGUUCAUCUUCUUAUAGCAGUUUAGAGUUCGCAAUUCAGCGGUAUAAGAUGGCUCACUUAGACACGAAUAAGGGGAAAAUGAUCUUGAGCGAACUCUGCACGACGGAAAUGAGCGAAGAUGAAGAAUCAUUCUCAGGGUUUGGUUCGCUGCAUGAAAUGAUGGAGCCAGAGAGUACUACGAAUGACUUGACGGUGAAACUGGAACCUGACGACGACUAUGGUGACAUUGAAGUAAAGACUGAACAAAUGUCACCAUAAGAUGGGUAUAGAUUGAAAAUGUUUAUGGUUUAUGUUAUAUUAAUUCGGGAAGAGGCACGUUGUUGGCUUAGUUCGUUCGAAAUUGAAUCUCUAAUGCUUAUAAAGUAGUGCCAUAAUCGAAGUGCUCUCUCCCGUUUAAUAUCUUAUGGCCCCGAUUCUUGAAGACACAUCCUAAUUUUAUUUUAAGUUAUACCUGUAAUUUUCUUAUCCGCCGAAAAGGAAAGAAAAAUAAAUUGACGGGUAAUCGACAGGCAUAAAAUCUAUGGAACAAACGUUAAUAUUAGGGAAAACUUUAAAAAACUUCCAAAAUUUUAUAUUGGCCAAUAAUCCGAUAGUAUUUACUAGACAGCUCUGCGUACGCCUUCGGGGUUACAAACGUGAUGCUAUCUAUGUUAUGUUUUGAGCAGUGCUCUUAAAAUCCUUGGCGCAUAAUUCUUGAAGGUGUUAGAGUUGAAUAAAAUAUACUUAUACGAUGACAUGUCAGAUCGCUUCUUGAAUAUGCGAAACCAUUAUAACAUUAUAUUGGAUUAGUUUAAAGACAAUUGACAACAUUUCAUUUUUACUAAGGUGCCUUAAAUCGAAAACCAUUUCGAGAUAUUUCUAUGAUUUACACAAAACACAUUUUUUCAGAUUUUUUAAUUCAGUAAUAAUAGAAAUAUAUUGAAAAAUCCACGAGGUCAGAAGAGGAAGGCAUAAUAAGUUCAGACCUUUACAUAAAAAUUAUAAAAAAAGUAAAUGUCAUACAUAACAUGACACUUUGUUUGCGACUUGUUUUAAAUACGCAUGCAAAGGUACAUUACAUUAUACUGCCUUCAUUCUAUCAAUGGCAGAAUCCAAUUUUCAAAAAAGAUUUUUUGUAACUUCUAGUGGAAAAAUCUUGAAAAGAAAAAAUACGUGUCUUCUAUUUAAAUAAGUACUUUCGAAAUAGCACAAAAAAACCACGGCUUAAAAAUUUGAAAUGUUGUCAAUUAUUUAUGAAUAGUAUUCUAAGUAGAAGAGCAAGUUAAUUUAAUUUUAUAUGAAUAUGAAUGAAAGUACACUAGAUUAUGUGUAAAGUUUAGUGUCAAAGUUCAAACUAGUGUUGCCUAACGAUGGUAUAAACAAACAAUAUGGUAGUCAUUGCUGUACUACUACCGUAGCAGUAAUGAGGAAUUUUCCAAUCGGCGUUCCCCCAAAAAACACGAUAGAUGGCGUUGUUAAGUUUUUUCUCCGUUUAAACUUCUAAUUUCAUGGAUAACAGACAUAAUAAUAUGCAUCUUUUAUCUUUGUUUAUGGGUAUAAAUGAUGACCCUUUAUAUUACGGCAAGGUACAUUUACAACUUCCAUCCCCAUUAUCAUUCUGAUCAAAAUAAAGAGAAGCAACAUAGGUAGCAACAUCAUUCUAUACAUAAUGUGAUCCAAAUAUCAAGCAACAAUUAGUUUUAUAUAUGCUUCUGCCAUUACAUUACAUUUUUGAAUAAUUAUGUAUUCCAACAAUGAGAAAAUAGGUAAUUAUCACGUUAAAAGUGAACAACGCCAUCUAUCGUGUUUUUGGGGAACGCCGAUUGGAAAGUCCCUUAUUCUAUGUUAGUGGUGGUCAACUAUUGUUUAGUCUAAUUCGUCAGCGCUAGUUUAAACUAUUGCCUUAAUAUUGGUCUCAUUAUCUCAUAGUGAUUAUUAAUUUCCUUAAUAAUUAAAUUAUAUGAUCAGGCAAUUUUCUUGUUUCUUAAAAUAAAUUUAAAAUUACGGGUUUUUUUUGCAACAAGAGAAUCAAUUUCUUUUUAUCUGGCACUCUCGAGAUUAGUUAUUUACUAAGUGAUUAUUUGUUUAUUUAAAAGGAAUAUCUUUAAUAUUGAUCUCUAUUCUUUUAUUUACGUGAUUUUAAUCGAUUAUAAUUUAAGUGAGAAAUUAUUUUAGUUUUAAUCUUUAUUUUACAUGUACUAUGUUCAUGACUGUACUUUUUAACAUUAUAACUAUGCUUAAGCUAUGAUUUAAACUAAAUAAAUAUUAUGCUAUAAUAAAAUAAUUUCAACUCUUUUUAAGUGUUUUCUUGUAAAUAAAUAUUUAAUAAUA